AUGAUAGAUAGUAUUUCAUUGAUAGGCUUGGAAGAAUCAGUUUCUUUAGAAGGCGUAUCAGGGGGCGCUACUCCACUUAUAAGCUUAAUAGAUAAGUUAGACGUCUUAGAAGUUUUGGAAGUCCCAGAUGUUGAAGCAACUGGUGCUUUGGCUUCUUCUUCCACAUAG